AUGGACAGCCGUGCUCCGCCGCCCCAAACUUUUCUGGGCGUCCGUUUCGUUCUCCUGGGUUUCGAUCCCAUCAACGAACGCCAGGUUCGAUCUAAGCUGGUAGAUCACGGUGGGGUCGAUGUUGGUAUCUAUUCCCCGAAUUGCACUCACAUCAUUGUGGAUAGGAUUACCUAUGAUCAUCCUGUUUGCGUUGCUGCUCGAAAGGAAGGCAAAACGGUUGUCACCGCUUUGUGGGUUCAUCAUAGUUAUGAUGUUGCAAUGCCCCUUGAUGCCGCUUCUGUUAUAUACAGACCUCUCAAACAGUUGAAUGGUAUUCCUGGUGCCAGGAAUUUAUUAAUGUGCUUGACUGGAUAUCAUGGACAAGAUAGAGAUGACAUUAUGACAAUGGUUGCUUUAAUGGGUGCUCAAUUUUCUAAACCAUUGGUGGCAAGCAAAGUCACUCAUCUCAUUUGCUAUAAAUUUGAAGGGGAGAAGUAUAGACUUGCCAAACAACUUCCUCAGAUCAAAAUUGUCAAUCAUCGCUGGUUGGAAGAUUGCUUAAGGGAUUGGGUUCUUCUUCGGGAAGAUAAUUAUAACCAGAGUGGCUAUGAGUUGGAGAUAAUGGGGGCUGAGGCUAGGGAUUCUGAAGAUGAGGCAGAAGACACCUCUAUAAAGCAAUCUGUGGGGAGAAGCGUGAGUAAGAGUUGCCACAAUAUACAGGCUGGUUCUCCAGGUCCUUUUCACAUUCCGAAGUCAGAGGGAGAGGCCCCUAUGGUUCCCCAAAAUUCUCUGGAGAAAUCUAUUUCACAGAAUGAAGAUAAAUUUGAUCAAGCUUCAAGAUUUUCUGAAGUUCACGUUUCCAAGGUUCCUAGCCCUCAUGAUGGAUGUAAAUUUAAAGAUGCCAUGCUUGUUGGACAUAAUGAUCUCCAUCACACAACUCCAGAUUCUAAGAUGAAAGAUGACAUGGCAUCUACUUUUGGAUCUGCUGAAAGGCCGGCCCCUCAUUCUGAUAGGAAACUAAGCCACUCCAGGCAAUCACCAUGGAAAUCCACACUUCCAUUGUACUCGGGAGAUAAAUCAAGCUAUGGAAGUAGGUCUUCUAAAGGGCCUAUUCGCAAGUUAAGUGUCAAUGAUGAUUUUGCUUCUUCUUCUUUCAGGACGGAAGAAAAUGAAAAAAAUGGUUCUAAUUGUGCAGAAGCUCUCUUGAAAGUAAAUCAUGUACAGAAUGAAGCAGAGUCAAGUGGUAUAUUGCCUCAAAAAAGGACACCAGAUCAUUCUUAUGCGAGCUUCAAAAUACAGAAGACGAGUUAUGAUCCAGAGUCAAGCAUCGUGAGAAGUCCAUCAAGUGAUAAACCUGCUAAAGAAAUACCAGCAUCUUUGAUUGAUGGUUCAUAUAAGACUACUAUUGACAGAAAUGAUGAAAACUCUCUGGAUAAGAAUAUGACUCGUUUGAAUGCCGCAGAAACCUUAGGUGCUGUUGUGUCACCAACAAAGUCAUAUAAUCUUACCGAGAAGUCAUUGACAACUGAUGAGCCUUCCUCCCUGACUCUGAUCUCAGAGAUCAGGCAAGAUGGCAAUGUCAACAAGAAAUCUCCUCUAUCAUUCCAGAGGUUAAGAAAGUCCCCCAUAUCCAGCAAGCGUGGAAUUGGAGAUUUGGCAGUGGAAGAAUCUACAACUAUAGCGAGCGGAACAGUGGAACCACAAAAUCAGCAACAAGACGUUCAGGGUUUGUCUCCAAGAAACAAAAUGUCAGUGACUAAUAAGUCCAACGACCUUGCUAACUUGGACUUGCAUAAAGGUGGAACUGAUGUGUUGAUAAAAUCUGAUAGGAAGAUGAUGCUAUCCAAGAAGACUCUUGGUUCUAGGCCCAAGUUAACUUCAGCAAACCAAAAGUUUUCUGUUCACUUGGAUGAAGAUGCCACCUUAAAUGUUGCCACUGGUGAUAUAAAUGCAGCAGACCAGGAGAAAUCCCCCUCUGCCAUAAAGCAUGAUCUACUUUCUCCAGAUGUUAAUGUAAAAGCAUUGAAGAUGGCAGAGGUUAAAGAUGUUACUCCGUCUGGAGAUGUUUCUGAGAACAAAAUUGACUCUCUGGAUGAUGACACUGAGGCUCCUGAGGAAGAAGAUCAGCAUGAAUUGGAGAGUGUAUGUGAAGCAAAAACGACAGAGAUUAAAGCUGCUGUAGUCAUGGAAGAGAAAUCAGAAGGGGUGCAGCAUACAUCAAAUAUCUCCGAUCCGUGUGUCCACGGUGCUGCAAUGGCCUCAGGGGAAAAUAUGCUAGAAAAUGAACAAGAGACAGUUUCUGUGCUGCUUGGAUCAACGUCAAAAGGAGUUGAUGAUAAAGGAAAGAAGAAUAAUGGGAGAAAGCAUCCUUUGGGUAAAACUAAGUUGAAGACUGUUCCUGCCGUCACUGAUAAAAUGAUCUCGGAUGAAGGUGUCUCUAAGGAUUUAUCAAAACACUCUGAUCCCUGUGUCCAUAGUGAUGCAAUGGCCUCAGAAGGAAAUAUGCAAGAAAAUGAACAAGGAGAAACAGUUUCUGAGCAGGUUGAAUCAACCUCAAAAGGAGAUGGUGUUAUAGGAAAGAAGAACAGUGGGAAAAAGGGUCAUUUGGUCAAAACUAAGUUGAAGACAGUUCCGGCCGUCAGUGAUAAAAUGAAUUCAGAGAAAGGUGUCUCCAAGGAUAUAAUAAAUUACUCCGAGCCCUGUGUCCGUGGUGAUGCAACGGCCUCAGUGGAAAAUAUAAAAGGAAAUGAACAAGGAGAGUCAGUUUCUAUGCUGGUUGAAUCAACCUCGAAAGGAGAUGGUGCUAAAGGAAAGAAGAACAGUGGGAAAAAGCGUCCUUUGGGUAGAACCAAGUUGAACACUUCUCCUGCAUUAACUGAGACUGAGAACAAUGAGGGGACAGGGAUGGAAGAUGAAGGACUUGAAUCUAAGCGCCGCAGUGCACACAAAAGUAAGCCAGAAGACUCAUCUGAGCUGAAGGAGAACAGGCCAAUUGCCUGUGGAGAUCAAAAUAUAAGCAAGGACAAUGAGCAGGCGGGAAAAUCACAUGUUAAAUGUAAUUUUACUCCAAUGGAGAUCAAUCAAAAAUUGGCGAAGAUCAGUCGGAAUUCUUCAAUACAAGAGGUGAAGGCUUCAGACAGAGUUAAUACUCAACCUGAAUGGUUUAUUUUGAGUGGACAUCAGUUGGAAAGGAAGGAGUUUCAGAAAAUUAUCAAGCGCCUGAAAGGAAGGUGCUGCCGUGAUUCCCAUAACUGGUCUUACCAGGCAACACAUUUCAUCAUUCCAGAACCAAUUCGCAGGAUAGAAAAGUUUUUUGCUGCUGCAGCAUCUGGAAGGUGGAUUCUUAAGAGUGAUUAUUUGGCAGCUAGUAAUCAGGCAGGAAAAUUUGUGGCUGAGGAACCUUAUGAAUGGUACGAGAGUGGCCUAAGUGAAGAUGGCACAAUCAAUUUGGAGGCUCCAAGGAAGUGGCGGCUGUUGAAAGAGAGAACAGGUCAUGGUGCCUUUUAUGGAAUGCACAUUGUUAUAUAUGGUGACUGCAUUGCACCACGUCUGGAUACUCUGAAGCGCGUGGUGAAGGCUGGUGAUGGGACGAUAUUAGCAACUUGUCCUCCUUACACCCGCUUCCUUAACUCGGGAGUUGACUUUGCCAUCAUUAGCCCAGGCAUGCCACGUGUUGAUAUGUGGGUGCAAGAGUUUUUAAAACAUGAGAUACCCUGUGUUGUAGCUGAUUACUUGGUUGAGUAUGUGUGCAAGCCUGGAUACCCCCUUGAGAGACAUGUGCUAUACAAUACUCAUGCUUGGGCAGAAAAGUCAUUUGGCCGUCUGCAGAGCAAGGCAGAAGAGGUUUUGGUUGUGGUGGAGGAAGAGGAGGAGACACCUACGGAGGAUUCUGGUAGCAGUGAUAUACCCUGUGUGGUUUGCGGAUCUUGUGACAGAGGAGAGGUGAUGCUGAUAUGUGGCAACGAAAGUGGGUCUGUUGGCUGUGGGAUUGGUACUCAUAUUGACUGCUGCAGUCCGCCACUUGAAGAUAUUCCAGAGGGUGACUGGUUUUGUCCGAAGUGUUGUAGCCAAAGCAAAAACACCAGUAAUCCCUCUAAGAAGAGAAAAAAGGGUAAGAGCAAGUGA